UAAACAUAAAAUAAAUAAUUUCGUAGCCCAAUUUUCAUCCUGUGAAGGAUCAUCAAUCCCUUCGCUAUCCAAAACAAUGACGCGUUUCUGAGUAAUUUUACCGUUAGGUUGUUCACUUGUUAUUUUGAAAGGAGGAGACCACAUGUAAAUUCCGCGUGUACAUCCUCCCACUUUCGCUCCUAAGUCAAAUCCAUCAUGACGCCCAUGCAAUACAUUUGCGAACCAAGAUUUACCACUGCGAGAAGAACCAACGACAGAAAUAAUAGCAAGAGGUUCGUUAAUUUCUCGAAUAAUAUCCAACGCUUUUGGAUUAAGAACAAUUUGACCGAAUUUCUCAUUUUCAGAUUUUUCACGAAAAUUUAAUAGUUGAACUGGAGCACCCUCACGAAAUACAAUUUCUCUUCCAAACCUGUUACCUUUAGCGGGGUUUUGAAUAUUGCUAGCUUUUGAAAUAUCGUUUUGAACAUCAUCUGUAAAAGAUCUACCAAAUUUAUCAAUUCCGUCUGCUAAUCUUUCAUUCAAAUUUUCUUUUGUCAAAAUAUAUCCGAUUAAAUCUAAAGAAUAUUCACAUUCUCUAUCAUCAAUCUUUAAACUUUUAUAAUUUGUAGAUAGAAUACAAAUAUGUAAAUCUACUUCAAAAUUUGUUAGAGAAUUCUUAUAUUCGUCAAAAUUAUCAUCUGAAAUUAUUCUUUGAUUUGUAGUAA